AUGGCGCUUAAAACUAUAAUUACCUAUCCUAUAGAAGUUUGUCUUCGUUUGAUAGGUCUUUGGCCAAAUUCCUCAUAUAGAAUUUUGCAACGCAUUUUUUGGACUGUCGUAAUGGGUACCUGCGUAACAUUCCAGAUUUGGUAUUGUAUUUCUUAUUUUAAAACAGCAGACUUACCUGAUCUAUUAGAUGGUUUGAGUGUGACUCUAUCGAAUACAAUUACGUUCAUUAAGUUGAUCAUUCUUUGGUUUAACUAUCGAAAACUUCGCAAUAUUCUAAUAUUCGUGUUUGAAGAUUGGAAUAAUUGUGAUCUUACUCAUCAAAAUAAAGAGUUUAUGAUGGGUAAUUUAGUUAUAUGCUCUCGCAUUUCCAAGUUUUUGGUAGUCAUUUAUUCAAUGACUUGCAUCUUAUAUUCAGCAAGUACCAUGUUGAUGUCAAAUGAUAUUGGAGAUGAUAUUGGAGAAUUGAAUCUAAAUAACAAGAAAUUGUUACUUAAAAUGAGGUUUCCUUUUGAUGUAACAAUUUUUCCACUUUAUGAAUUUAUUACAAUUGCCCAAUUUGCAUUUGAGUAUUCUGUAGCUUUUAUGGCUGGGAUGUUGAUGGCAUUAUCUGCGGCAUUAUCUUUGCAUACUGAACAAGGGCCUACUAUAUUAGCAAAAUGUUUUCCUUAUUAUGUUGCUGUGAAUUGCGAAGCGUUCGUUCUUUGUUAUACUGGGGAAUAUCUUGCAUCUAAGAGUGAAAAUAUUAAUCGAGCCGCAUACACUAUGUUUUGGUACAAUUUAAAUAAACAGAACAGUCGAACUGUAUUAUUCAUUUUGAUGCAGACUCGAAGUCCACUCACACUUACUGCUGGAAAAUUUGUGACACUCUGCGUGGAAACGUUUGCUAAUGUAAGAAUAACUAUUAACAGUGUCCACAAUAAAUUCACAGUAAAAUCAUAUCCUUUCAUAAGAAAAUAGAAUUGUUAUUUUAAAAUAUAUAAUAUAUAAUAUGAAAUUUUUAUAAUUCUUUUGAAAAAUUUUGUAUUCUAACUCCUCAAUAAUUUUACACUAUGUAAUUAACAAUUUUAUCUUUGCUAAAGCUAAUUAUACUUUCUGUAAACUAAUUGUACAGUGUGUCCAUUUGAAAAUUUCCAGUCCAAGUAUCUUGAAAACAAAGUUUUUUCGAGAAAAAUGUUUAAUACAAAAGUUUCAAAGGGGAAACAUAACUGUCAUAUUUUUCAUUUCUUACAAUUAGACAUCUCCAAGGUUACUUGGAGAUCAAUUUUCUUCUUGCAAGUGGAAAAAUACAUUUUUCUUUAGAAAUUCUUGUCUUAAGGGAGAAACUUUUGUAUGGAACAUUUAUAAUGGACUUCUUCUUAAAAAAAUAUUUGAUAAAAUACAGGAUAGAAAGUUAAAUUAUGCGAACGAAACUUGUUUAAUUUUUCUUGUUGUUUGAUUUUUAAGUUGAAACAAAAAUCAACUGGAAAUUUUUUAAUGAACAUACUGUAUAUAUUUUGAUUUAGUUUGUUAAAAAUAUAUUUAACUUUUCAGAUGUUAAAAGUGUCGGCUUCAUACAUUUCGAUAUUACUUGCGAUGUACUAA